UCACCGGAAGUUGCCAGCACCAGCACCAGCACCAGCACCAGCACCAGCACCAGCACCAGCACCAGCAUCAGCACCAGCACUAGCACCAGCACCAACACCAGCGGCGACACCCCAGGAACCAGCCCCACCCAGCCCAGCCCUCCCCCCAGCAAGAAGGAACCGCCCAAGCGGAAGGAGGAACAGGACCAAAAGCCAUGGGAGAACGACAUGUCGGACGAGAACAAGGCGCUCAUCCGGGUGUGGAUGGAGAGCGAAGACGACGGGCAGCCGGGUGAUGCGGAUCGCCUCGGCGACUACGACGCUGAGUUCGAGGAGACCAGCAAGAAUUUCCACCGAUACAUACACCACCAUUUCCAGGGCAAGGAGUGGGGCACGUACUCGGAGAAGAAGGAUCAGAAGGACAAAAUCGACGAGGAGUGGUUCAUCUCGUCCCCCGUGGUCCUCGACGAGACGGACCCGGAGUACUUAUGCGAGAUGUGUCGGCACAUCGACUUUGGUGCGCUCCUCACCCAGCGCGGGCUACCCGGGACGAACCAGCCGGGAACCAAUACGGUGAUUCAGCUGCAGGCGCUGCCGAGGGUUCUCGAUGCCGCCAUAGCGAAGAAUUGCUCGUUCUGCAGUCUGGUUCGUCAGGCUUUCGAGGAUCGGUGUACGCCGGAGGAGAUCCAGGCCUCUAGGAACCACGACGACAAGUUCGAAAGUAUGCGGCUGACCGUGCUAGACGACGGCCCAGACUACGCGCUACGCUUAGAGAUCAUGCUAGCAAACUUGCCCAAAAGGGUCGUGGUGCAGAUGAUGCCGCCGGAUCCGAAGGCAUCUUUCCCUCUCCAGGGCGCCCCUGUUCGCCAAGACAAGGCGGAUAUGGAGAGACUCGGGGCGUGGAUCCAGAAUUGUGAGAUGAACCACCAGGGGAAACCCGCCGUGUCCAUCUCCAAGCUCGACACCCUUCGAGUCAUUGACGUCGGCGACGGCUGCAUCGUCACGGUAACCGCGCCCUGCCGCUAUGCCUGUCUCUCCUAUGUCUGGGGUCAGGAGCUUGGCACCCGGCUGACGUUCGACACGAAAGCCAUUCUUGAGAAGCCCGGAGGCCUGGCGGACGAGUCGAUGAAUCUAGGCCAAACUCUGAGGGAUUCUAUCGAAGUAACCAGGGCCAUCGGCCUCCGCUAUCUCUGGAUCGACGCACUGUGUAUACUCCAGGACGAUGACGACGAUAAAGCCGCAAAUAUCGCCCAGAUGGGAGCCAUCUACAGCAACGCUGUGGUGACCAUCAUGGCCUCGACAAACUCAGGACCUGCUCAAGGCCUGCCGGGCGUCGGGGACACGCCGAGAUCCCAUGCGCAGGUGGUCCGACGGCUGCAGGGCAUUACUCUCGCCGCGGCGUUCCACGAUCCGCGUCUUCCGUACGACGACAUUGAAGCCUCGGUCUGGAACUCGCGAGCCUGGACCUUCCAAGAGAGACACCUCUCGCAACGCGCCGUGUACUUCACCAGCUGCCAGAUGCACUUCACGUGUCCGCACGAGAGUGUAUUCGAGGAUACCGUGCCCGGGCUCUCGGCUGAACACCGGCCGAAACCACUCACGGACGCUUCCCAGUUCGAUUCGCGGGUCAUGGCCUUGAUGCACCACAUCUGGGAGGACCCGACCCAGACCAUGUUUGGCAACAAGACGUUCCACAUCCACGGGAGGGGCUCCAAGGCUGUGUCGAUGAUGGGGACAGACCAGACGCUGCCGUCCCCCAUCUACCGCGCGGUUCCGGUUCCUAGCCAUGGCGACGGCGGCAUCCUCCGCUUGGAGGGAGAAACUCUCUGGAAAGCCUACAGCGAUGCCGUAGCCAUGUACACUCGGCGCAAAAUGACGUGGCAGUCGGAUGUGCUGAAUGCUUUCCAGGGUGUGACGGAUCUCCUCGCCCAAGGCGUCAACACGGAGUUCUGGCACGGCUUGCCCGAGUUCGCCUUUGAUCAGGCCCUCCUCUGGUAUCCCCAGGAGCCGCUGAAGCGCCAAAGUCACGAGGGUGCGCCUCCGUCGUGGAGCUGGGCUGGCUGGCAAGGCCAUACGACAUAUCGAGGGCGGGGCUGGUACAACGCCGCCGCCCUGCCGCCUGUCAAUGUCGUCCGGUGGCUCCGCCUGGUCCAACCCCGGGAGCUGGUCCAGGAGUACAUUGACAGCGAGGAGAAUCCCACGCGCGAGAAGAUUGUCGAGUACGCCCAACGCAUCGCCCACGGACCCAAGAUCCUCCGGGCUAUUGGUACUUCGACACUUUACCAUCUCGACGUCGAGAACGAUGGCUGGACGCACUGCCGCGACACAGAUCGCAACGAGCACUACUACACGCACGCCGCCUACCCCGGGCUCCGCUUCACGUACCCCGCCACCCUGCCCUCGAAGCUGAUUCUGCGGCGCGUUUCGCCCCUGGGGAGUCUCUUCUUCGAGGCCCGCACUGUCCCCGCCCAUUUCGUAGACAUGUCCACCACCCCGCACACGGGCGACCCUGGCGUGGAUGACUUUCUCCAGCUCGGACUGAACGACGCGUCCCGCUCGUUCCGCCAGUCACGGCGGCCGUGGGAGCAUAUCAUUUACCACCAGGGCUACCGCGCCGGGUAUCUCUCCCUCCACGCCCCUCUGACAUCACCGGAGGGAAACUACAUCCUGGUCGCCAUGUCGCGUGACAGCAUCCCGGACAUUGCGCCGCCCCUGGGCGGCUGGGAUGUGUACUGGGGUCUCGAGCCGCGGGAUGCGCAGCAGGAAGCUUUCUUUCGUUGGGAGUGGGGACCCGAUGAGAGGCGAAUGCCGGCGUUUGGACCCUUCGGGAAAGAUGAGCCGGAUGCCAGGGCAAUCAUCGAGAACGGCGAUCCGCACUGGGAGGCAGUGCGAUUCGGGGGUCCGGCGAUGAUGACUGUGUAUAAUGUCUUGUUGUUGGAGAAGAAAAGGGCCGGAGAUGGCGAGGGCGGCCAAUGGUGGUGUGAGCGGGUUGGGGUUGGCAAGAUGAAUGCUUGUGCCUUUGGGCAUGCGAAGCCCACGGAAGAGCUGAUCCUUCUGAGGUAGCUUUGUGGGAUUGGGAGCGUUUGUGCGAUUAUAUCGGACAGGACGAGUCAGCCGCAAUGGCAGAGACCAGGUGUACAAGAACUGUCAGCCUGCCUCCAGGAGACCUCCGCUGCGAUAAUAAGCUUAGAGACCCCGAUACCGGUUCGCAAGACCUUCGCUGUUCAAUUUAGCAAAGUAGGCGUCAUUCUCCCCAGGCGAGUCAAAUUCGACCCGCUUGAGAUCCAGCGCCACGAUCUUAUCGUCUGCCAGCUGAAAAUUUCCCACUUGCACAUCUUCGAGCAGCACGCCCGAGUCGUAAAUUUCUCGGAAGCACACCUGCAACUUUCCCGCCAGGUCUUUCUUGUAAGCUUAAAAGGAGACCCCGGUGGGAAGAAAGCGAAACGCCGCCGAGGCGGUCUAGGACCAAACUUCUCCCUCCUUUUUUACCAGGCGAGUCCAUAUAAUCUCAGGAUCGUGACGUCCUGAAGCGAGUCGAGUUUGCGGUA